AUGGUGGGGAAGAUAGCUUCGGCGGCAACUGCAGUAUCCAUGCACAGUAGAAGGUCACCAAAGAGUAAAAGCGUUGAAGGGGAUUGCGAAAGUGAAGCCCUGAAGUCUGACGGAGAAGGCGAAACGGAGGGUAAAGAUGGGACUGCCCUUGAAGCAAAGAUGUCCCUGCUCAACGGGAUCACUGUUAUCGUCGGCUCCAUCAUCGGGAGUGGUAUAUUCGUGUCUCCGACGGGUGUACUCAAAUAUACUGGUUCAGUUAACGCCAGUCUGUUGGUGUGGAUUGCCUCCGGAGUUUUCAGUAUGAUUGGCGCGUACUGUUACGCGGAGCUUGGCACCAUGAUUCGGCUGAGCGGUGCCGAUUACGCGUACAUCAUGGAGACAUUUGGACCGUUCGCGGCGUUUAUCAGGCUAUGGAUCGAGUGUAUGAUCGUCAGGCCUUGCUCACAGGCAAUAGUUGCUUUGACGUUUAGCGUGUACGUGUUGAAACCAAUAUUCCCCGAGUGCGACCCACCGGAAGAUGCCACAAGACUACUGGCUGCGUGUUGCAUAUUGUUGCUAACAUUCGUGAACUGCUGGUCCGUCCGUGCGGCCACCAGGGUGCAGGACUGGUUCACGUACGCUAAACUGCUAGCUCUGUUCAUCAUCAUAGCAGCAGGUGGCUACCAACUCUGCAGAGGUAAGGUGGAACAUUUUACAUUCGAAGGUACUACAAAUGACGUGACGUCAAUAGCGCUCUCAUUCUACUCCGGCUUGUUCGCGUACAACGGAUGGUGA